AUGUCUCAACUGCAGGAAGAGGCCCACAAUGCAUCAGUGCUAGACGUAACAGCAAUGAUGCCCACCUCAAAUCGCGAAAUAUACCUCACAAAUAUUGAAAAAUUUAAUCACUUGCUGAACUGCCUUACUGGUCAAGCUCUAGAGACAGUACAGGCAUUUCCUAUUUCGAAUGAAAACUAUCCAAAGGCUCUGGAUAGGCUUAAAUCGCGCUAUGACAAUAAUAGCCUAAUCUUCGCCGAAAAUAUCGCGACACUAUUUGAUCUACCAGCAGUAUCGGGUCAGUCAAGCCAACAACUCCGUAGUCUGGUAAACAAUGCAUCCGCUUUGUAUGGUUCACUCUGUUCGCUAGGUACAGAGAAACAAAUAUGUGAGGCUCUACUUAUCUCGUUAAUCAUGCAAAAAACGGACGCAAUUACACGUAGGAAAUGGAAUGAAUCGCGUAACUUUGACACAUUACCCAGUUGGGAAGAUUGCUCAAAAUUGUUGGAUAGACAUUGCCAGUUUCUCGAAUCACUUGACAGUGGAAACGGCAAUCAGUCAUCAUCACAACGUAAACCUAAUAGUCUUAACUCCAAGACUAACAGACGCUCAAAACAAUACGCAUUUGUUGCAUCUACAUCUAGCAAUUCUUGCUCAUUUUGUUCUAGCAAUGAACACCUAAUACAGAAUUGUCAUCGUUUUAAGGCACUGGAGGUGGUUCAAAGGUUUGAAAAGGUGAAGAGCCUAAAACUCUGCAUAAACUGCUUAUCGCCACGCCAUCAUGUGGUUAAUUGUACAUCAACGUUUAAAUGUAAGGUUUGCGCAAAGCCACAUCACACUCUCUUGCAUCAUUCGCAAUUGCCAACGAAUAUUAAGAGCGCGGGAUCAUCACGACGCACAGAACACGCUGCUAUGCCCAACGACAACGUUGCCAGCCAUUCCCAUCUUAAUAUGUCAUCGGCCGAGCAAAUAAUUCUUGCCACUGCAUUGGUUUUAGUGAAGGAUUCAUCGGGAAGUUAUCAAGUGGGUAGAGCCUUACUUGAUUCAUGCUCUCAGGUCAACUUCAUAACGGAGGAGUUUUCAAAGAAGCUUAGUUUAGCAAAACAUAAACAUCGGUUGCAUGUUUCCAGUAUUGGUAGUUCGUUGACCAACAUUAAGUAUCAGACGUUCACAUCAAUCAAAUCUCGUCAUUCAAAUUUUGAACUUGCUUUAAACUUUGGUAUUACGAAUCACAUCGCAUAUCAACCAAGUUCUGAAAUCGAUAUAUCGUCGUGGAAGGUUCCACCAAAUACACCUCUCGCCGAUGAGCAAUUCUUUAAAUCCAAGCGCGUUGAUCUUUUGCUUGGAGCUGAAAGAUGGAUUGUAUCUGGCAAGUACAAGGGUCAGCCAUUUGCAUCACCAGCAGCAAAAUGCCUAUUAUCAGUUGAAGAUACAGUCUCCGAUCAAUUAGAAAUGAUGUGGAAGAUAGAGGAAGUGCAAUCGGCUUCAAAGUCAUGGUCACCAGCACAUGUUGCGUGUGAGUCAUUAUAUCGUGAAACGGUUCACCAAAAUGCGAUGGGAAGAAUUGUCGUUCGGUUACCAUUCAAAGAUUCACCAGAUUGUCUUGGUUUGACACACAAUAUCGCCUUGCGCCGUUUUUAUUCUGUAGAACGGCGAUUGUCAUCUAAUCGUGCACUGAAGCAAGACUAUCAAGAAUUCAUGAAACAAUAUCGAGAGCUCGGACACAUGACGCGUGUUGAGACUCCGAAACCCAACGAACCUCAUUAUUAUAUCCCUCAUCAUUGUGUUUUAAAACCGUCGAGCACUUCGACCAAGCUGAGGGUGGUUUUUGAUGCGUCAUGUCCAACAACUUCGCAACGUUCAUUAAAUGAUAUUCUACUGGUCGGCCCGACAAUUCAGUCGGAGUUAUAUUUGUUGCUACUUCAAUUUCGUUUGCACCGAUAUGCCUUGACGGCUGACAUUGUUAAGAUGUACCGACAGAUACUGAUAGAUGAACCAGAUCGAAAAUUCCAAUAUAUUUUUUGGCGAGAUACGGAGUCCGAUCCUGUUAGUACUUACGAGUUGAAUACAGUCACUUAUGGUACUGCAUCAGCACCUUUCCUAGCAACCAGGAGUUUGCAGUAUUUGGCGGACAAAUUUGAAACACAAUACCCAAUAGGCGCUGCACUCAUUAAAUCAUCGUUUUUUGUCGACGACUUCUUAGGUGGAGCAGAUUCCAUUGAUCAACUCACCAAUAUCAGACAUCAGUUAACGGCCAUUCUACAGAAGGGUUGCUUCGAUCUUGACAAAUGGCAUUCAAACCAUCAUGACUUCAUCAGCGAUACUACAACAAAGAGUUUGAAUCUUGAUACAGAUACAGUCACCAGCGCUCUAGGCAUCAAGUGGCACCAAAUGCAAGAUGUUUUCCUAUUUUCGUUUAAUGCACAACCAGGUCAUAUUGUAACAAAACGCACCAUCUUAUCCCUUGCGUCUUCAUUAUUCGACCCGCUUGGAUUACUAGCACCGAUCAUACUCGUAGCCAAAAUUAUGAUGCAAGAAUUGUGGCUUUUGCGUGUGGAUUGGGACGAGUCAGUCCCUCAAAAUCUUCACUCAGCUUGGAAAACAUUUAUUCAAGAUCUUACAACGCUUUCAUCGGUUAAGGUGCCGAGGUACUGCCUAUCCAUAAACUAUCAACAGGUUGAUGUACACGGUUUCUGUGACGCUUCAAUACGCGCAUAUGGUUGCUGUAUAUUUCUCCGAUCACAAAACACAUCAGGUAAGGUGACGGUCAGGCUAUUCACUGCAAAAUCCCGUGUGGCACCUAUAAAGCGGAAGUCGCUACCUAAACUAGAACUCUGUGGUGCCUUACUUCUUGCCAAACUGUAUCAGAAGGUCCAACCAAUAUUUGCGCAAUUUAAGGGUGAAACGUUUUUUUGGACUGAUUCACAGAUUGUAUUACAUUGGUUGAAGCAGCACUCAUCAACCCUGUCUGCAUUCGUUGGCAAUCGAGUAGCGGAAAUUCAAGAUAUUACCGCAAAUGGGCAAUGGAGACACGUUCCUACCCAAUCCAACCCGGCAGAUGUUGUGUCGCGCGGCUGUAACAUCCGCCAAUUAUCAGAGUCUUGUUGGUUUACGGGGCCGGAAUUUUUGUUACUCGCUGAUAAAUACUGGCCGCAUUUGAAAUGUCACAACCUGGAUAUGGAAGAAGUCAAUAAAGAGACGCGAAAGGUUGUAUUCGUUAACACAAAUGAAGACAACUACGUAUUACAGCUUGGAACAGCACUGAUUGAAAUCGAAGCUAUCUUAAAUUCGCGACCAAUCACACCUCAUUCUUGUGACCCGAGCGAUUAUGAAGCGCUAACGCCAGCACAUUUUCUUAUCGGUGGGCCGCUCAAAACUUUAUCUGAAUCAAGUCCUCAGUAUGAAGCUGCUUCAUUAAUUGAUAAAUGGUCUCGUAUAACCGCAGUCAAACAUCACUUCUGGCGCAGAUGGUCUAGAGACUAUCUGAAUGAGCUGCAGAUACGCACCAAAUGGACAGAAGAACAAUCUAACAUCACCGAGGGGGUUCUGGUUUUAAUCCAUGAAGACAAUAUGCCUCCACAACGCUGGUUGAUGGGCCGAAUCGUGCAUUGCAUCAGGGGUCCAGAUAAUUUGGUUCGUGUUGUUGAUGUGCAAACCCCAAAAGGAGUAAUACGGCGUCCAAUCCACAAACUCGCACUAUUACCAAUUGAAAAUCCUUUCAAGGGGGGCGGGAU